GGUCAGCCGUCCCCCGGCUGCAGCUGCACUCACAUGUGGCCACUGCUCAUCAUGCACAUAACCCAGCUCAACCGGGAGUGCCUGCUGCACCUCUUCUCCUUCCUAGACAAGGACAGCAGGAAGAGCCUUGCCAGGACCUGCUCCCAGCUCCACGACGUGUUUGAGGACCCCGCACUCUGGUCCCUGCUGCACUUCCGUUCCCUCACUGAACUCCAGAAGGACAACUUCCUCCUGGGCCCGGCACUCCGCAGCCUCUCCAUCUGCUGGCACUCCAGCCGCGUACAGGUGUGCAGCAUUGAGGACUGGCUCAAGAGUGCCUUCCAGAGAAGCAUCUGCAGCCGGCAUGAGAGCCUGGUCAAUGAUUUCCUCCUCCGGGUGUGCGACAGGUGCCCCAACCUGGCGUCCGUCACGCUGUCGGGCUGCGGCCACGUUACCGACGACUGCCUGGCGCGCCUGCUGCGCUGCUGCCCACGCCUGCGCGCACUGCGCCUGGAGAACUGCGCGCGCGUCACCAACCGCACGCUGGCUGCCGUGGCGGCGGACGGGCGCGCGCUGCAGACAUUGCACGUGGACUUCUGCCGCAACGUGAGCGCGGCCGGCCUGCGCCGCCUGCGCGCCGCGUGCCCGCGCCUGGCCCUGCGGGCAGAGCACAGUGCCGCCAUGCUGCCCGACCAGCCCCCGCGCCCGCGCGCGUCCGCCGCGGCCCUCGGCAAGCUGCUGCCGCGCUAGACGCCGCCCCGCCGCGGCCCCCGGGGAAGGAGCGCAGCCCCAGACCGUCCUGGCUUCGAACCCACCUCUUCCACCUUCAGACCACCACCGCAUCUUCUGAGCCUCAUUUUCCCCGUCUGCACAGUGGGGAUAAGAAAGCCUACCUCACGUUACGAUUUUAUACAUAGGAUAAACCCAAGAUUAAAUGGAUAUUUGGAAAACACUCGGCUGGUUCUCAACACCACCCGCCUUUCCCCUCUUGCUUCCGCCCCAGGCUUUCUGCUGUGCGCUCCCCACGGAGGCGGGAGGCGCCUGCACCGUCCUCGGAGACUCCGAUCGCCGUUGGAUCGAAAUCACCUCCGUGGGGAGGACCUGACCACUCGGAGUUCGCCGGCUUGCGCGGGGGGGUGACGGGGGCCAGGGCUGCCGCGUGCAGGGGUCUGGGGAGCCUCGCGGCGGAGCGACCCAGCGAGACCCGGCCGGCUCCUGGAGUGUCCUGGGGACCGCCACCUCCAGGGGCCCCGGUAGUGAUCUCGGGGAAGCAGGGGCGCAGGGGCAGAAAGAGCCACCGAGCCGCUCCUCCUUGCGGUUUUGCCCGCACGCGCGUCUGCCCGCCCACCUUUCCUGGGGCAGAUGCGUUCCCGGAGUGACCGCACUCGCGAUUGUAGAAAAUUCGCUCCCAAUUGUUGAAUGCUUACAUAAACUGCAUAAUUACCCAUAUUUUCUACUGUUCUCAUAUCAUAAGGGAAAAAGAAAUGAUUUGGAAGAAAAAAAAAAGCCUCAAACUAAACAUUUAAAAACAAACUCAGCAGCCCUGGCUAAGCUUUUGAUAAUGGAACCAUUAUAAGCUGACAAGUUAGAUUUUUCACCUGUUGGAUUUGCUGGACAUGAGCACAAGCCUGGGCUUCCAAUUUGAAUUUCAGGGCUGUAGUCACUGAUGUGUCACAUUUAGUGAAGGCUCUCGGCCCCCCGGCAGCCGCCUGGUCCUGGGUCACUGGGGAGAAUUCUGGGUGGGUGGAAGAGGCGAGGAGCACUGUGAUGGGCGCGGUUCACACUCCGGCUCCACCCAGCGCCAGCUGCGAAAAAACCCUUCACCCAUCCCAGGCCAGGUGUUUCUUCUGUGUGAAAGAGCUUGAUCCCUACUCACAGGUUCCUUCAUUCAUUAUUCAAAUAGGGAAACAGCAAGGAAAAAGACAAAUUCUGUUCUCAUGAAACUUGCUUACCUUCUAGUGGGGGAAGAGACAACAGGUAUAUAAGAGGGUAGAAGGGCCGGGUGCUGUGGCUCAACGCCUGUAAUCCCCAGCACUUCAGGAGGCCAAGAUGGGCGAAUCACGAGGUCGGGAGAUCGAGACCAUCCUGGCUAACACGGUGAAACCCCGUCUCUACUGAAAAAAUGCAAAAAAUUAGCCGGGCGUGGUGGCGGGCACCUAUAGUCCCAGCUACUCAGGAGGCUGAGGCAGGAGAAUGGCGUGAACCUGGGAGGCGGAGCUUGCAGUGAGCCAAGAUCGUGCCACUGCACUCCAGCCUGAGCGACAGAGAGACUCUUGUCUCAAAAAAAAAAAAAAAAAAAAAAAGGUAGAAAGUAUUUGGAAAAAAGUGCAGGCUGUAACAAGGGCUAUUAGGGAUUGCUGGCAAGAUAUUGGGGGGUGAAGCCUCUGAGAAAGGGUUGACCAAUGUAAGCCUCAGAAGAUGACAUUUGAGGCAUGAAGUGAGCCAGGGGGCAUAGACACUCCUGGCAGAGGAACAGUCAGUGCAGAGGCCGCGGACUACAGGCAUGGCUUAUGUGCAAGGAGAUCAGAGUGGCUGGAGCAGAGUGAAUGAGGCAGGAAGCUGAGUAGCAGGUAUCAGAGAAGCAAUGCAGCCCGCAGCUUAACUUCAACAUGCAUUUUAAACUUUUCUUCCCAUUCUCUUGGGUUUCAAGAUACAACCUUGAGGCAACUCAAAAGCCUUUCUCCUUAGCCUUAAAAUAGACUCCACGUCCCUCCCCUUUCUCACCAGAUAUGCUCCCUUUUCAUUUACCUAACUGUAUGCUACUAUUUGUGUGAUGUCUUAGAAGUUUCAGAGGCUAAUCUUGAGACAGACCAAGCCUGGAGACCCAGCUGCAAUCCUCCAAAAAUUACUUCAAAAUGGCUAAUUAACAACCUGACCAUUGUUAAAAUAAUGUCAAUCCGAGGUCCAGGUGGACUGAAGCCCAAGAUAGCCACCAGAACAAAACACGCACACAUCAUACUCAGCCCAUUUCUCGCAUGCCUUAUCAAGUCUUCCCUUUUAAAACCCCUAAAAAUUGCUUUCCCCACUAAAAAUUGAAGCAGUUACUUUAAAUAGCAAUCUGGCUACUUCCCCCUUUACUAGUUUUGGGUAAUAAAUUUGCUUUUUAUUACCAGA